AUGUCGAGACUGUGGGAUCCCAGCCGGGCAGCUUGGCUGUACCCUCUUCGAGGCAUCUUCUACUUUGCGUCGAACCGGUUCCUAUGGCCUCUGUUCAAAACCCGCCUUUUGCCUAUUGUUCUCCUCUCCUCAUUUAUUUACUUCAUUCUUUUCUUCUUCACCUAUCUCCCCCAGGUCGCAUUCCUUGCAAUCUUCCAGGGAGCUUCCUCAUGGGUUAGCGGUGCAUUCCUGGUCCUCGGUGAAGGUGCUGCGAUCGUCGCGGCCCUCUUUGAGGCAUUCUUCGUGGAUGAGACCCUGGUAGAUAUCUUUGAUGCAGUCUUGGUCAACGAAGGUCAAGAGGAGCUUGUCACUACAUCCCGAGUCAUUUACCCGGAACCCGGCGAUCCUGCCAAACGCCUCGGCACGCCGACCACCAGUGCCGUCUAUUCUCCCUUCUCGUUGCGGCAAAUCGUCGAGUUCGUUGUUUUGCUCCCGCUCAUCUUCAUCCCUGUGGCUGGAACUCCCAUGUUCCUCAUUCUGACUGGCUACCGUGCUGGUCCCUUCCAUCACUGGCGCUACUUCCACCUGCUUGAUAUGAGCAAGCAGCAGAGGAAGGAAAGCAUCAGUCGACGCCAGUUGCAGUAUACCACGUUUGGAACGGUCGCUCUGAUCCUACAGCUGAUUCCCCCCUUCUCUAUGCUCUUUUUGAUGACCACUGCCGCUGGCUCUGCACUCUGGGUAACGGACAUUGAACGCAAGCGCCGAGCUGCUAACCAGCAGGCUAGUCGGCUGGGUGAACAAUAUCGCGAUGACAUUAUGCCAUGA